AUGGCGACAAAAAGCUCACAAAAUGCUACCGGAUAUGUGGUGUUCAUAUCUUUAUUAUUUGAUUUACUGGCAUUUACCAUGAUAUUACCACUAUUCCCAUCAUUACUAGACUAUUAUAAACAAAAUGACUCUGGUGGAUUGUAUCAAUGGCUGGAACAACAUAUAAGUGUCUUUCAAAAAACUAUUGGUGUACCAGAUAAGUUUAAUGGAGUUUUAUUUGGCGGUAUACUGGGUUCAUUGUUUUCAUUUUUACAAUUUGCUUCAUCACCUAUUCUCGGUGGAAUAAGUGAUGUUUAUGGACGUAAACCAGUCAUGAUUAUAUGUUUGGUAGGCAUUUUAUCUUCUUACAUAAUAUGGUCAAAAGCAACAACAUUUUCUUUGUUUGUUUGGUCACGUAUUAUUGGUGGUCUCAGUAAAGGCAAUGUUAGUUUAUCAAUGGCUAUUGUUACAGAUGUAUAUGAACCAGAAAAGCGUGGAAGAGGAAUGGCAAUGAUUGGAAUAGCAUUUUCAGUGGGAUUUGUAUUUGGUCCUAUGAUAGGAGCAGGGUAUGCCAAAUGGUCUCAUGGUCAAGAAGGGGCCUGGUUCGUUCAACCUGCUUUACUUGCAGUUGUUUUGACUAUUAUUAAUAUAAUAUUUGUAACUUUCACAUUUAACGAAUCACUUCCAAAAAAAAAUAGAGCUUCUUCAGUUGCUGGAAAAUUGUCAGAAGCAUUUACAUACAUUAAUGUGAUAGAUUUAUUCAAAUUUAAGCUUUUAGAUGGUGUUGUUCCAUCUGAAGAUGUUAAGAAGUUACGCAAUUUGGGUACUGUCUAUUUUACUUAUUUAUUCCUAUAUUCUGGUUUAGAAUUUACACUAACGUUUUUGACACAUAAUAAAUUUGGAUAUUCCUCAAUGCAACAAGGUUGGAUGUUUUUUGGUAUUGGUAUUACCAUGGCUAUUUUACAGGGUGGUUGGGUUCGAAGAAUACCUCCAGCACGUACAGCUAAAACUGCCACUUUGGGACUUUUACUCAUAUCUCCAUCGUUCAUAUGUGUUGGAAUGGCUGAAUCUCCUCCACUUUUUAUUUUUGGUUUAUUCCUUUAUGCCGUUUCUACCUCUAUUGUUGUUCCGUGCAUGACUACAUUAGCAUCACAUUAUGGAUCUACCUCUCAUAAAGGCAAAGCUAUGGGUACAUUCCGUUCUUUAGGUGCUUUAGCUCGAGCUGUUGGACCAGUGUUUGCUUCAAUAUUAUAUUGGUCUAUUGGUCCAAGGAUUACAUAUUGUAUUGGAGGCAUUUUAUUAUUGCUACCCUGGUUUUUGUUAAAGAAAACAUUGAAGGACACGAAGGAAAAAAUAUAA